AUGUCCACAAUUAAACUCUUCGUCUUUCACUUGCUUUUGAUAUUGAUUUCAACAGCAGCAAGUAUUCAUGCCUCUCUCCGAAAACUCUCGGAACAAGAAGUUAAAGAAUUAGUUGCAAGUAUACAAUCACAUAGACUGGAAGCCUCUUCGUCGGGAUCAUCAACAUCCAGCAAAGUUCUGGGUUUUGUAACUCCAUGGAAUUCAGCAGGCUAUGAUGUUGCAAAGAGAAGUAACCACAAUAUUAAAUACAUUAGCCCAGUAUGGUUACAAUUGAGACCUGCGCAAGGCCGAAAUGCCUUUGAAAUUACAGGUCUUCAAGAUGUUGAUCUGAAGUGGAUGAAAGAGGUGAAGAAAAAUAAUGUCGGAGCUAAAAUAUUACCACGAAUUCAGUUUGAUUAUGCACAUUGGUCAAAGGAGUACAUGCAAAUGUUUUAUGGACAUGCUACAUUUUCAAAACAAGUGCAUCAACCAGUGGUGGACAGAAUCGGACAACUCAUUCGUGCCUAUGAUUUGGAUGGUAUUGUGCUUGAAAUUGGUUUUUUACAAUUUGAGCAUAUCAAACAUGUGAUGGUUCCCUUCUUGAAAAAUCUUAAAGAAAAGUUGCAAGGAAUGCAAAAGUCAUCACGUUUUGAAAUUUAUUUAGUAGUUCCUUCGGUUUUGCCAAAUCCAAACGAUUCAAAUACGCCAAAUGCUCUUUUCGAAAGAGAUCAUUUGCGUUUGAUUUCACCUUAUGUGGAUGGAUUUUUAGUAAUGACCUACGACUAUUUCUCAAACAAGAGAUCAAGAAAUCAAUCCACACAAUAUGUUUUCAAUUCACCUCUGAAAGGAUUUAUUGAUUACACAGUGGAUUAUUUCACAGAGGGUGGAAAGAGAAGUGACAUCGCCAACAAGAUACUGCUUGGAUUGAACUUUUAUGGAGUUGAAAUCUCCACAAAACAUUUAUCCUCUAACAAAUUGUUGUCUCAACUUGUGGAAGAACAGAGAGAUGUAAAUUCCGAGGAGCUUAUUUCCAAUUGGCUCAAAACGUAUGCUUCUCCAAAAUUAGAUUUCAUCAUUGGUGGAAAAUUCAAAGAACAUCUCAACGAUUACCAUCUUCAAAAUGUUUUGUUUGAUUCAGACGCCCAGGAGUAUUUAUUUGAAUUUAUUGAAGGUGACCAAUUGAUUCUUGUGGUAUUCCCAACUCCACAAACGAUUCAAACAAGAGUCCAAUUUGCCAAGCAGCACAAUUUAGGAGGAGUCAUGGUUUGGGAGCUUGGACAAGGCCUCGAUUCCUUCUAUCCCUCUCUUUCCAAGUAA